AUUUUGGUUGUAUUUGAAGUGAGGUUGGUGGAUUUAAUAAGUACCAAAGCUUUUAAAGAUGUCGUCUCCGGAAGGCUGGAAAGUGUCACUGAAAACGGUAGCAACCAUAACGGUAACACCAGCAAUAUAGAUAUUGGUUCAACAUGCGGUGCCACAACAACAUAUGCAACGGGUGAAGGUGGAGGUUUACGUCAGAGGCGAACAUCUGAACAUAAAAAGACAGAAACAACAAGACAAAGAAAGAACUCCCCACAAAAGGCAAAAGGAAGCAAAGAUGACGGAAGCUCAUCUCCACUGCUCCAACAUCCAACUGUUGAUCUUAAGUUACAAAUGAUUCUCAUCGGAGACAGGAACGUCGGGAAGACAUGUUUCUUGGAGAGAUACACAGAUGAUUUGUUCCGAGAAGAGUCAAAGUCCACAGUCGGAAUCGAUUUUCGCAUCAAGACUGUCACAGUGGGGGGUAGAAGAAUAAGGCUUCAAAUUUGGGAUACAGCGGGACAAGAACGAUUUAACAGCAUCACGACAGCUUAUUACAGAAACGCACGCGGUAUUCUUCUUCUAUAUGACGUCACAAACCCAGAAUCAUACCGCAACAUUACAAAGUGGAUGAAACUUAUUGAGGAGUACGGCAGGAGUGACGUGGAAGUGGCGAUCGUUGGAAACAAAGCGGAUCUGGAGAACGUACAAGUCAACACACACAAAGCUAGAAACUUUGCCGAAAACUGCGGCUUCAUUUUCUACGAAACAAGCGCCAAAGCAAGUUUAAACGUGGACACAGUGUUUGUUAAUCUAAUAUACAAAAUUCUUAAACAGAUACCUCAGCCUCACGAACGAAAUCCACAAAUCCGACGAAAAACAAUGACGUCACAGGCAUUAUGCGAGGACGCGAACGCGAAGCGAAGUUACAAAUGUUGCUGACGUCAUAAUAGAAAGAUCCAAAAGCUCAAUGGAUGAAUCGAAACUGCAUUGUGACAUGUUGACUCGAAUAAUUGGCGCUAGCUAUUCACGAAUUCGCAAAUCCACACUGUGUUAGUGGCUAUAUACAGAUAUGAUCCAGUCGCAUCACAAAACUGCGUUAUCGUACAUUCUAUUCUAUAUGGGUGCGGUCCUGCGGCAAGGCAGAAAAACGAAUCUGGGGUUUGAAUCCAAGUUGGCCCAAUACCCAAAUAGGGUGCUACCGCAUAUAUCUGGUCAGCAGAUGUUGAAGCGUGUCGUUUGGCCAAAGGUGGGCGAUAGAGACUUCAAUAUCUUGUUAUUAUUGUAAAUUUUGCAUUUCAAGAUGAUGGUACUUAUACGAAAAUAAUUACGGUACAACGCAGCACUGUCUUAAUAAACCGUAAAAACGAAAACGAAUA